AUGCUGACAACAGUCACCUCGAUUCAAUGGAUUUUCACUUCUCCAGCAACAUGGACGGUACAAGUAGGUUUGGAUGGAAGUCUCAGUACCAACUCGAAUGGAAUGUUACAAACUACUUGGGCUAGUCAUUCCUCUAGAUUAGAAGCUACACAGGGGAAUGGAGGAGGACAACCGUUCGAAUUGAUGGGAGCGAUAUUGAGUACUGCUGUUGUUUCUUCUGGAACAGGAAUCAACUCUACACUUGAUGAUUCAAGUUCUCUCGUUCAAUAUUCCGAAUGGCAAUCAACCACUUCAUCCAGCUCCACUCUCCCGGCUAUCAGCCAAGGACAAUUUUAUCAGAAUACAGUCAGCUAUACAUCUUCCAAAGGCGCCAGCGCUUCUUUUCCUUUUUCAGGCUCUGCAUUAUAUAUCUUCGGUCCCACAGGCUCAGACUUUUCCGUAUUCUCCAUCACCAUCGACUCCAACCAAAUUGGCACUUACAAUGCUUGUUCAUCCAUGAACACCUAUGACACUCUUUUAUUCUUCAUCACGCAUUUAUCGGAGGAAAUGCACCAAGUGGAAAUCACAAACCAGGUUGAUGGAUUGUUCCUCGCUUUGGAUUAUUUCGUGAGCGUAUCGAGUGGAAGUGGGAGUGGGAGUGGGAGUGGGAGUGGUACGGCGACGACAACUGGGAUUAAUCCAUCUGGUGUGUUUCCUAAUCAAGGACAGACGGUGGGGAAUGGAGGAGGAGCUACGAAUCCUGGUGCUAUAGCCGGUGGGAUCAUUGGAGCUUUGGUGGGACUUGUCUUGCUCUACUUCUGGUGGAGAUACUACGACUAUCGAAAGAAAGGCGGAAAGGGUACAUGUUGGGAAGCAUGUUGUGGAAAAAGAAAACCAAAACCGAAACCUUCAGAUCCUGAAGCUUUCAAGAUCUGGCCAAUGUUGAGUUUCAAGCCAAACUUGAAAUUGUCACUGCCCUGGGAACUCUAUGUUUGGGGAUAA